AACCCUUGAAGCUCGGAGUAUCAGAUUUCAUUUUUCUGCUUUUUAAAAACACUUUUUCUCUGUUUCCUGUUGUGUUUUUUUCCCUCUUCAUUGUGUUUUUGUUUUAUAAAAACAGCUUUCUCUGCUCCCGUUCUGUCUUCAAAGUCCACCUGUCAACCUUUACUGUUGGGUGUCCUCUCUAAACCACUUUGCUUGGCUUUCUCUCAUUUGUUUCCACUGUUUUCUCUCGCUGUUCUCAAGCCUAAGCUGCUCUCUUGAAGUGGGUUUUCUGUGGGAAAAGGCUGUUGGUUUGUUUUGUGGUUUUGGGUGUCUCGGCAUUUGGUCUGGGUCAGACCCAGAUCGUGGUUUGCGGGUGUGGGGAGCGGUAUGAGAAGAGACUGCUUUGUGGGGUUUUGAUUUGUGAUAUGGGUGGAGCAGUGAAGAUGGAGUCUGUGCUGAAGAAGACGCUCAAGAGUCUCUGCUGCAGUAACGGUUGGACUUAUGGGGUUUUCUGGCGUUUUGAUGAGCGAAAUUCCAUGUUGUUGACCUCGGAAGAUGCCUAUUAUGACGAGCAAAUGGGGGUUGUGAUUGACAGCAUGCUUUCUAAGGUCCAUACGCUGCGUGAAGGAAUAAUUGGUCAAGUUGCUUUCACCGGGAAGCACUGUUGGGUAUUCUCAGAUGCUCAGAGUGGAGAGUGGAAUUCUUUGUGCUCAAUUGAUGGUGAAGAUAUAUCCCAGGAUGAUUCUGAGAUUCAUUGUCAAUUCUCCUCAGGAAUAAUAAAGACAAUUGCAGUAAUUCCUGUGGAACCACGAGGAGUGGUGCAGUUUGGAUCCAACCAGAAGAUUGUGGAGAGGUUGGAAUUUUUGGAUCUAACAAAAAGAUUGUUCCGAGAGAUGGAAAACAUUGAUGGGCUUAUGGUGUUGAGCAAUGCACCUUCUGCUUUGAACAGUGAAAUUUAUGAUCCAAGUGGAUUCUUCUCUUCCUUAAUUUCAUCUGGAAGCUCCAAUCUUGGGAAUAUCAAAUCUGAGCAUGGCAAUGGCCAUAAAGAGCUGAUAGAAAAAGCUUCUGCUUCAACAAAUCUUACUCAGUCUUCCUCUUUUACUCCUGAAAUGCAACAUGAAAGGAUAACCUCCAUGAUUAGUAGCACAUCCCAUCUUAGAAACCAGUUGCAAACAGCUGGCUUAGAAGCUCAGUUCAUGCUGUCUGAUCAGCCUAAUUCUCAGAUACAGCAGAUGUUUUUACAGUCAGCCUCUUCUGUCAACAACCCAGCUGCUAGAACCCCUUGCAUCAGUACAUGGAGUAGUGAGGGUUCUACUCUGACUUCACUUGAGCGACAACUGUCAUCUGAAAUGAGGGCUCAAGUUUCUCAAAAUGCAGUUCCUGGAAAACCGAAUACUGUUGCACUUUGGGGGAACCUGGUUCAGGAUUCUCAAGUGGACUCAAUGUUUACUUCACUAGAAAGCACAGAAAGAUUGAUUGAUGAAGAGAAGGAUUUUCAAUGCAGGCUGGGAAAAUCAGUGAACAACCAGUAUGCUGCUCCAUUUAUCCAUGCGACCGAAGGUGAACUUCUGGAACAAUCAACUAGCAUACUUACGCUCCCUGAGGAGUGUAAGCCAGUUGAUUUUAAAACAGACCCAUCCAAAUCCUACCCUGUGGAUAACCUUUCUCAGUGGUUUGGUGCCCCACGAGAGCAAAGCAUCAAAGGAAUGGCUUCAAUGUUGACUAAUGACCAGUCACAAUCAGUGGGGAUUACUUCAUUAUCCUCUGGUUUGGACAGAAGUGAUUUUCUCGUUGACUUUCCAGUCAAACAUCCAGCAAGUUCUAUGCAAAGUUCCGUCAUUAAUAUGUUCAGCUCUGAUGGAAAGGAGAGAUCUUUGAAUGUGCCCAGCACUGAAAAUGAUCUGUUUGAUGGUCUGGGGCUGGAUUUUGGGUUUGAACUGGCAGGGGAGUCUUGGGAAGAUUUUAUAAUGCCUCUAUUUAAUGAUGGUCAAUCAACUCUUAGUACCGGUGUUUCAGAAUGCAUUUCAGAGUUGGAUGUUGGUUCCAUGGCUGUCCCCAGGAAAGGGUUAUUCUCUGAAUUAGGACUUGACCAGCUUCUAGAUGAUAUCGUUGGCAAUUCUAGUUCUGUUACUAAAUCUAAUUCUGAGGAUCAAUUCUCCUCUACUAAAAGAAGAAGACUUGGAAGUUCCUCAGUUAACAGUAACCAAGUUCAGUUUGCGGGCCUUUCUUCUUGCUUCAGUGGGAGCAUGAAUGUAAUGCAACCUGUGUACAACCUGGAUAAGACCAACAGUCUUGUACCCAAAAAAGAGGUCAUCCCAAAAUCGCAGGUAGGCUUAUGGAUUGAUGACAGCUAUAGCAUCAAUGCUGGAGGUUCUGUUGCAGCACAACCUAAGAGGCCGGUGGAGCCUGCCAAGGCCACCAAGAAAAGGGCUAAACCUGGGGAAAGUACUCGACCAAGGCCCAAAGACCGGCAGCAAAUCAAAGACCGUCUUGAAGAGUUGAGAGGGAUCAUUCCUAAUGGUAGCAAGUGUAGCAUAGAUGUUUUGCUGGAUCGCUCCAUCAAACACAUGCUUUUCUUGCAAAGCGUGACAAAAUAUGCUGACAAACUUAAACAAGUAGAUGAGCCAAAGCUGAUUGGCCACGAGAAUGGAGUGGUUCUGAAAGACAACUCUAGUGGAGGCAGUGGCAGCAGCGGCGGUGGUGCUACAUGGGCAUUUGAAGUCAGUGGUCAAACAAUGGUUUGCCCAAUUAGAGUUGAGGACCUUAAUCCACCUGGCCAAAUGCUUAUAGAGAUGCUUUGUGAAGAACAGGGGUUCUUUCUUGAAAUAGCAGACAUAAUUCGCAGUUUUGGCUUGAAUAUCUUGAAGGGAGUGAUGGAAGUUCGAGAGAACAAGAUAUGGGCACGCUUCAUUGUUGAGGCAAACAGGCAUGUAACGAGAAUGGAUAUAUUCCUUUCCCUUGUUCAGCUUCUACAAGAGACGGCAACUACUGGGGUCAGUCCAACUAAUCAACCUAGUAAUGUCAUCGAUAGUGGGGUUCCUCCAUUCAACAAUUACCAGCAACCUUCAGGGCCACUUCCCAUCAGCUUGGCUGAGACUCUUCGGUGAUCAAAUGCAUAAAUAGGGUUUCAGAAAUACCUUGAGCAUUCAUCUACUGACUGACCGCCUGCUAUGAUUGGUGUUCUGAAAAUUAACAGCCACAGUCAGAGAGAAAAAGAAAACAAAAGAGAAGUAAAGAAAAGGGUUUUCCAUCCCAUUUCCACUACCCUGGAAAUGGCAAUGAAAUGUGCAUAUGGUUGAUAUAGACAGGGAAAUACUACAAAGGAAUAUCGGAUGAUUUUUCUCCUUUCCAAACAGUUUGCGGUUUAGAGUGUCUGCCCGGUGAGGGAGGUGAAACCAUGAAUCUAAACUUCUCCUAUAAUCCAUGGGGUUUGAUGGGAUUUGUGUUGGGUUACAGAUGUGGGAACAGAAAUGGGAAUGAGAACCAUUUUUUGCUCUCUGUUUUUUCUUUUGUUUUUUUAUCUUUUUCCUCCACCUCCUGCCAUAACCUGUUUAUAUCUAGAAGCUGAUAAACCAUUUAGUUAUAGGCUAACCUGUGAUUUGUUCUUGGACUCUGUUGUUGUUUCAUUAAUAGAAUAAUAUCAAAAUUUCUCCUCUCUA